CGUUAACAUCAUAUAUUAGUAUCUGGUUCAGGUUUGGACUCAGAUUGAAAUGCACAGCUGCACCCAAUGUUCAAUUCCAAUUGUUGAUGCGGUUCUGGCUUGCUACCAAAUAUGGACAGUGCGGCCACCACCAGCCACGGCGCCCACCAUCGCCGCCACCACCACCACCACUGCCGUCAUAAAGGAUAUCCAUUAGCGUAACUGAAUCAAUCGACCUCAUGGGCUUCCUCCAUGCAAAACGUCCGAAGCAACCCUUUGCCCUGAGUCCUUAUAAAUAACCAUCGCCAAAAUCAGCCAACCACAAACACGAAGAGAGAAAGAGACAGGGAGGUCCAUGGCGUCCAUAACCAAGAUGGCCAUAUUCAUGCUUCUGGUAGGCCUUUUGUUGCCGGCAUCAGGCAGGCAGUUGCCAUUCCAGGCGGCAGUGGCCACCAUUGAAGGAGGCGGCGGCCUCAUGCAAUGCUGGGAGGCUCUGUGGGAGCUGCGAUCCUGCAGUGCGGAGAUCAUACUCUUCUUCCUGAAUGGGGAGUCGUAUUUGGGGAUGGGUUGCUGCGGUGCUAUCCGGAUGAUCACUUACAACUGCUGGCCAUCGAUGCUUUCUUCCCUGGGGUUCACGGCCGAGGAAGGUGACAUACUCAAGGGCUAUUGUGGUGCCAUCGUUGCAACGCCGCCGGAAUCUGGUGAUGGAGGUGCGGUGCCUCCUGUUGGUCCGAUGAUCUGAAUGGCGGUGGUGAUAAUGCUGGUGUUUCAAUUCCCUUGCGUCUUCGUUUUUUUUUCUCUUUUAAGUCGCUUAUGUUUCCCUUACUGCUGACCGCGAGGAAUUCUGGAAUUCUGUAGUCGCUUGAUGGUCUGUGAGAGACUCUGUUGUCCUUUCAUUAUAUAUAUAUAUAUAUAUAUAUGUAUAUAUAUAUAUAUAUAUACUUUUUUACCAA